GGCGAGCUCCUGCCUCAGGCAUACCCCUCUGUUCGCUUACGAUGCUCUGCCUCAUCGCCGCCGCCCAGAGCUACGUGCUCCAGCCGCAGCCUCUCGUCUCGCGCGGCGCCGUCGCCGCCGUCAGCAGAUCUGGGCCGGUGGUUGCAGCUGUGGCCGUGGACGCCAAGACCGUGAAGACCCUCCGCGACGCGACCGGCGCCGGCAUGAUGGACUGCAAGAAAGCGCUGAUUGAGAGUGAGGGAGACAUGGACGCCGCGACAGAGUCCCUUCGGAAGAAGGGUCUCGCGUCGGCGGAGAAGAAGUCGGGCCGCGCCACCAAGGAGGGCAUCAUCGAGACGUACAUCCACACCGGCGCAAAGCUCGGCAUCAUGGUCGAGGUGAACUGCGAGACCGACUUCGUCGCCAAGCGGCCGGAGUUCCAGGAGCUCGCAAAGUCGCUGGCCAUGCAGAUCGCCGCGUGCCCGACUGUCGAGGCCAUCUCGAGCGACGACAUCUCGGCGGACUGGAUCGCGAAGGAGAAGAAGAUCGAGGCGGCCAGCGACGACCUGCAGGGGAAGCCCGAGCAGAUCAUCGAGAAGAUCGUCAACGGGCGGGUGGAGAAGGCAAUCAAGACCAAGCUGCUUCUCGAGCAGCCGUACAUCCGCGACUCGGGCAUGACGGUCGACGAGUUCGUCAAGGGGUACACCGCCAAGCUGGGCGAGAACAUCAAGGUGGCCCGCUUUGCGCGCUUCACGGUCGGCGGCGGCGCGGAGGAGGCUGAGGAGGCGUGAGGAGUCCUGCUGCGGACCCACCGCAGACCAAGGCGUUUCGCCCUUGGACGACGAGUGUGAAGAGUCACAACGAGAGGGAGGGAGAGAGAGAACAACGACGGUGUCGGGCCCGACGAGCGUGCCACCCGCAGUGCGUUGGGGGGGUGGGGGUAACGUCCAAGCGAGCGACCCACGAGAGUGGCCCUCUCGCGGCUCGGUGUUCGUCGGUGACGGUGUUUUUCCGGCGCGCUGUCGUCGCCUGUGCGCUGUAUGUUGUACCAGCAGCAUGUUGUACCCAGAAUACCCUCCGGAGGCUCCGCGACUGCGGCGCGCGGCACGUAUGACGUAUUGUUGUAAGAACAAGAACCC